AUGGGGUCCUGCUUUUCAAAAGAUAAGUCUACAAGUGCAUCGCAGGGCCAACGACUGGGUACUGCUACACAAAGCAGUGGGACGCGAGCAGGUGUAGCAUCUAAAGGAGCAGGUACAAAUCCCGGACCUAAAGGCUCUGGUGCUACAAAAAGCAGUGGUCCGUCGAAAGGUGCGUUUUCUGGGCAAGGACGGACGUUAGGUAGCAGUGGAACACAACAGCAAAGUACGAACACAAGCACAAGCACAAGCACAAGCACAAGCACAAGCCCUGGUGCAAGUGCAAGUGCAGGAAAAGGUGGGGUGGAGAAUGAGGAUGACCCUAGGGUAGCAGCAGCUCGAGCGGCAGAGGCAAGACUGGCAAAUAGUGGAGGGAAGUUGAGUAAACAGUUGGCAGCUGAACGGGGGAAGACACGGACGGCAUUGUUGAACGAAGCGAGUGUGGAGAACCGAGCUCAACGGGAGAUACAAAAUAAUCAAUUGGUUUAUGAUUAA